UUGGAGCCAGUUUCCGCAAAAAACGAUCACAGACUUGAUGAUAAAAACUGCUCAGACUUUGCUUGUUAAACCCAGUAUAAAUUAAGAGAUAUCUUAAGUUUGAAUAGGACAGAGAGAAGAAACAACUGACUGUACACGAUGGGAAAGAAAAACAAGAAGGAGACGGAGGCUCCUCCAAAAGACAUUUUUGAUCCCCUCUCUGUUGAGAGUAAGAAAGCAGCCACAGUGGUUUUGAUGCUGAACAGCUCUGAAGAUGAUAUCCUCAUCAAAUCGUGUGAAGCGCUCUACAAAUUUGCUGAAAAAUGUGAUGAAAACAAAGCCCUCUUGAUGGACAUGGGCGCCAUCCCGUCCCUACUCAGACUUAUUACCUCCGAGGAGAAGACAGUUCGACGCAACGCCACCAUGACACUUGGAGUCAUAUCUGCCCACCCUGAAGUGAGGCGGCUGUUGAGAAAGAGUGACUGCAUUGGGAAUGUUAUCAAACUGCUCGCCCCAGACGAGGAGACCCUCGUGCAUGAGUUCUCCAGUCUGUGUCUGGCCAACAUGUCCCAGGAAUUCACCAGCAAGGUUCAGAUCAUUGAGAACGACGGUCUGGAACCACUCAUCAUGCUACUCACAGACCCAGACCCAGAUGUGCAGAAGAAUGUAGUGGAGGCGAUCUGCCUGCUGCUGCAAGACUACCAGACUAGAACAGCUAUCAGAGAGCUCCACGGUUUAGAGCCACUUCUUGAGCUGCUGAAGUCCGAGUACCCUUCCAUCCAGGAGCAGGCCCUACGUUGUCUGACGCUGUGCACGCAGGACGUGGAUAACAGAGAGGCAUUGAGGGAGAUGGAGGGAUUGGAACGACUGGUUGAGUUUGUCAGCACAAAGGACUGGGAGGAUCUUCACGUCCACGCCCUUCUCGUUCUCUCCAACUGUCUUGAAGACGUUGAGACGAUGGAACUCAUACAGACCACAGGAGGUCUGCAGAAACUCCUGGUAUUCGCUGCUGAAUCACCGGUCCCCGAAGCUCAGAUACAUGCCGCUAAAGCUAUCGCACGAGCCGCGAGAAAUGGGGAGAAUUGUAAGAUAUUCCAUGAGCAAGAAGCUGAGAAGACGCUGAUCACACUCCUUGAGACGUCGGAUAAUGCUCAGGUCAUGGGGGCUGCAGCUCUAGCCCUAGGCAUCAUGGCACAGAGUCCAAUCUGUAGAGUUACCAUUGCUGAGUAUGAUGGCAUUGCACCCCUUAUUAAACUUCUGAAUAACAACAAUGGUGACAUCGCCGAAAAUGCCUCUCUCGCCCUGGCUAACUUGACCACCUCCCAGAUGGCCAACUGCGUCGAGGUGGCUGACCACAACGGCAUCGAGCCACUCAUCGGUCUACUCAAUAGCUCACACGAGGGAGCUCAGGCCAACGCCGCCAUCGUGCUGACCAACAUGGCCACGGACGAGAUAUUGAGAGUGGAUAUUCAGAAGAGGGGAGUGGUGGGGGCACUCGUGUCACCUCUCAUGUCAACUAACACCUCAGUGCAGAGUAAAGCAGCCCUGGCUAUUGCUGCGUUUGUGUGUGAUGCAGAAUCUAGAAGUCAGCUGCGUGGUUUAGGGGGCCUGUCACCCAUACUGAAGCUUCUUCAGUCAGGGAACGAUGAGGUACGUAGGAGUGCAUCUUGGGCCAUCGUAGUGUGUGCCACUGACCCACUAGUUGCAACAGAGCUAUGCAAACUUGGCGGACUUGACAUCUUGAAGGAAGUGAAGAUGUCCAGUACAAGACAGAACACCUUCAGUGAUGCAGCACUGGAGCGUCUUCUUGAUAGCACACUACCAGCCAAGUAUGCCUUGAUGGAUUGCCUAGGACCAAAUGAUAUUAUUCAGGAUGGCUUCUACGAUGCUGGAAGGGUUCGUCCUGACGGCAAAUUCCUGACCCUUGAAGAGUUGAGUAAGCGUGAGGUGGAUCAGAAGAGACCGGUUCUUCUCAUAAAUUGUGCAAAAGCUGAUGUCAGUCCACCAGGCUCACCGAUGCAAACUAUCCAAUCAGAAGCAGACCUGAAGCCUGAUACAUCCAGGACCAACCUGGGGAGUAAGUCAUCCAAGUCGACCAUGAGAGGAGGCAAACGAGAAACCAAGAAGGAAAAAGAAGAGCGGGAAUUACGCGAGCGUCUGGAAGCAGAACGUCUCGCCGAGCAAGAGGCCAUCUUGAAUCAGCAACCCCCUACGUUUGAACCUCCGGCAGAUACCAAGCUUGAAGAGUACAUCACUGAGAUGCUGGUUAAUGUGGGAGGGUUGCCCACCACUAGGGAGCAGGUGGAUGGAGUUGCAAAAUUUGUGAGUGACAAGAUGGGUGGUGCCAUCGAGCGAGGUCAGCUGUCAAACUUCAGCUACGAGUUGUCCAUCAGUCAGCUGAAGUACGAGCUGAAGAGUAAUGUCCUGCCCAUCGGAAGGAUAGACAGGGGAAUCCACUACCACAGGGCGCUGCUCUUCAAAACGCUUUGCGAUCGUGUUGGUGUGGGAUGUUCCUUAGUAAGAGGAGAUUACAACCGGGCCUGGAAUGAGAUCAUGCUGAUAGAUGAAGAUGAUAACCCAGUGAAGCCCAAGUUCCCACCCAAGGCCUACGUCAUAGAUCUCAUUCAUCAGCCAGGGCGUCUGAUGAGAACGGAUACAGUAGAUGCUGCCAACUAUAAGAAGAUCUAGAUGAUGUCUCCAUCCCCACCCCCCACCCAAACACCUUCCCAAUUUCAAAUUUUGUAAAAACUUUGUACAUACAAUGCGUGUAUACUUCCUGUUUUGUAAACAAAAAUCGCAUUCAUCAGCCAGGGCCGGGACCACAGGAGAACGGACACAGUCGGCGCUUCAAACUAUAAAAAGAUCUAGAAUCAUGUGUCCACCCCCCCCCCCAAAAAAAAAACACCUUCCAAAUUUCAAAUUUGUAAAAACUUUGUACAUACAAUGCGUUUAUACUUUCCUGUUUUGUAAACAUUCCGUCCAGUGUAAAGUAAAGAUGCAAUUAUUGUUUGUGGUAAUUUUAUGGGACAAUUUUUUUUUUUUGUAAAUUCAGCCCAAGCCAACCUCGAGCCUAGUUUCAUGAAACUGUUAAGCAGAAUAGCACUAUUUCUUGACUAAGCAAUAUAGUAGACUUCAUGGAAUGUUGGCUAGCUACUUGUUUCUGCUAAGCAAGAUUUGUCUAUGCUUAUGAUAAAAUGUUCUGCUCACAGACAUUAUGGGGACCAUACAAUUUCAUUUUUUGUUUUGUUUUUAUUUGAAGGCAAGGUAGACUUUUGAUAAAUCACUUUUGUAGUCUUUGUUGGUGAUGUUUUCGUUUUGUUUAAAAACGAUAUCGCAAUACAACUUGGAGACGAGAUAUCUGUAUAACACCAUCCAAUUUGUAGACUACCCAGUCCCUCCGAGCCAGUUGAUGUUGCGCCCUCGAACGACAACUAAUUUAUAACUUGCGUUGCCUAUUGACUCUACCACUUUUGUUUUGCAAUUCAUUUUUGAUGAUAUCAUGAAAAACAUACUGUUGUUCAUUUAAAAAUGUUGAAAACUAUCAAAGCAAUAAAUUUGUAUCAACAAGAUUUGUGUUUUCAAAAUUAAGCCAUUUGGCAGUUUCCCUUGUGAUUUAUUGCUAGAAAGAUUUGAUAACUAUUAUUUAAACUAUGUGUAUGCGGAUUUAUAGUUACAAAAGAUGUAAAAGAAAACAAAUGAAGUUAAACUAAAUGAAACAAAAUAAACAUAUGU